AUGGCAGGUCGAAAGUCGCAUGUGCUGAAUUCCCGAGAGAAAAGCGCUCCAAAAUUAAAGCCCAGGAAAAAGGCAAGUGGACUGAACGCCUUGGCUGUUGCGGAGCACCAAUUUCCAACAAAAGCAAAAUUUCCUUCUCACCGAUUUGGCGAAGUCGAAGAUUUUUCCAAACGAAAGCGAGAUAACGAAGGCGAUAGCCCGGAUACGAAACGUCGGAGAACAGAGGACGAUUCAGAACUCAGUGAGGACAACGGAAGCGACAGCGAUGGCCAUGAAUGGAAAGUAGGGCAGGUCGAUACCGACGAUGAUAGCGACAUUGAUAGUGAUGAUGCACUGGGGUCGAGUGAUGAAGACCGCUUUGAAGGAUUCACCUUUCGUGGGAGCUCUACAAAUACCAAAUCGAAACCGAAACCAAACCCUGGCUCUAACAGACGACGAGAAGUAAAUCUUUCUGAAGAGGCCGCUGAUGACGAUGUAUUUGGCUCCGAAGAAGGUGACGAUGAUCUUGGGGAAGGUGCAGUGGACUUAGCCACAGCUUGGGAUAUGAAUAUAGGAGAAGAGAGCGAUGAGGACGCUGCAAGCGGCCCUUCGAAGCAAAAGAACCCUGCCAAUGGCUUAUCUGAUACCCGCUCGGACAGCAGUAGCCAAGAAGAUGAUAGUGAGGAUGAGGAGAGCGAUAUUGAGGACGAAACGGACCUAUCCGUGUCGGACGACGACAACGCUGGGGAUCAGGCUGGGCUCGCCAAGCUCCGAGAUUUUGUCGGUUCUAUUCAAACUGCCACUGGCAAAGAGCGUUCGGGAAAGUCCAACCGAGGGCAAGAAAAGGCUACGCCCACUGAAUAUGGCCUGACAUCUGCUCGAAAGCUUACCGUUUCAGACCUCAUGUCUUCUGUAACGGAUUCACAAUUGAAAAGCUCACUCAAACAUCUUGAUUCGGCGGUGUCAUCGAAAACCGGUUCCAAUGGAAAGUUGACUGUGCCUCUACCUAAAAGACAACAGGAUAGAAUCGAGCGCACUGCAGCUUUUGAAAAAAGCAAACAGACUUUGAACAGGUGGAUCGAUACCGUGAAAGCAAAUCGAGAGGCCGAGCAUAUAUCCUUUCCUCUGCCGGAUCCCCACGAGCAACAAGUCUCCCGUCUUGGCCCAGUCAAACCACAAACAGAUCUUGAAAGUACCAUACAAUCGAUUCUUGUCGAGAGUGGCCUUUCAACAAACGAGAAAUCAGCUGAAAAGCAACUACUGGCCGCUGAAGAAUUACAGACAAGGAAGAUGUCACUUGAAGAGGUUCAAGCUCGCACUGCGGAGCUUCGGAAGCGUCGAGAUCUGCUGUUUAGAGAGGAGAUUCGUUCCAAACGAAUCAAGAAGAUUAAAAGUAAAUCAUACCGUCGAGUUCAUCGCAAGGAACGUCAGAAAGCAGAGGAAUUAGAAAGACAGGCGUUAAUCGAUGCGGGUGUCGAUCCUGACCAACUAGAUGGAGAGGAUUAUGAUCGACGGAGAGCAGAAGCACGAAUGAGCACUAAGCACAAAGAGAGCAAAUGGGCAAAAAGCCUGAAACAGACUGGACGUACUGCUUGGGAUGAAGAUGCCCGGGCUAGUAUGGCAGAUAUGGCAAGAAGAGAUGAAGAACUACACAGGCGAAUUGAAGGGCGAAGCGUUAGACCUGAUGAUGACUACCUGGGGUCAUCAAGUUCAGAAUCUGAGGACGAGGAAGAUAUUUGGGACGAAGAAGAGCGCUCUAAAUCAGAGUCCCGGAAACUGGACCGGGAUCUAGAGACGAUCGAUGAUGCUGACUCGGAAAGGUUGAGAGGACCGCAUUCGAAAUUACUUGAAAUGGGUUUCAUGAAAAGAGCCGAGGCAAACAGAAAGCAGCAAAAUGAUGAAGAAAUUAAACAACUUCGCCGGGAACUCAACGGGGAAGAUGAGUCUGACGACUCGGAACCCCAAGAAGGACGGCAAAGGUUUGGUAAAUCGAAGACUGAAGCAAGCAAACAAUCAAGGGCACCCCAGAACAAGAAUGAAUUUGAAGAGACCGUUGCGUCUGAAGAUGAAGAGUCUAUCAAUGGGGCUACAGAAACGCUUGAAAAUACUGCUUCUAGCAAAGGCAAUAGCAAGUCAAGCCGUGGAGGUAUCACCAAGACAACCAAAUCAGCAAAUGCUAAGGCUGCUACGAAAAAUGCUUCACUGGAAGAUGACGUGGUUGAGAAUCCUUGGCUAGUUCAAAGCACUCGGAAUAAUCGGAAACGCCAAACUGGAAACACAGAUCAAGUCGUCGAUAUUUCUAUUUCUAGUCAAGUUGCACCCUCUGCUGACAGCGCCAAAGCUGCUGCACGUGUGUCGAAGGUGCAAUCCAACAAGCCUCAUACAACUCGAGACAACGACUCAAGCGAUAGUGAUGAUGACAGCGUACCGGUGCUUCUUAAAAACCAUGACCUCGUGAAGAGAGCCUUCGCCGGAGAUGAUGUUGUCGAAGAGUUCGAGAAAGAAAAACAAGAAACCAUCGAGGAGGAAGGCGAUCAGGUUAUUGACAACACGUUACCGGGAUGGGGCAACUGGACUGGUGCAGGAAUAAGCAAGAAGCAGCAAAAGAGGCAAAAGCGUUUCCUGACCAAAGUUGAGGGAAUCAAACCCGAGCUGCGUAAAGAUGCGCAACUGGGACAUGUCAUUAUCAAUCAGAAGCGAGUAAAAAAGAAUGCGAAGUAUAUGGCUACGCAACUGCCGCAUCCUUUCGAGAACAAACAGCAAUACGAGAGAUCUCUUCGUCUCCCUAUUGGACCAGAAUGGUCUACAUCGGACACGUUCCACGAGGCGACCAAACCCCGGGUAUUGGUCAAGCAAGGCAUCAUCAAGCCCAUGCAGCGGCCGCUUUCUUGA